AUGAAAAUUCUUCUCGGUAAUAACUCCUUGACUGACAAAAUCCUGAAACAACUUUGGCUAGACAAACUGAAACCCCACAUGGUUCAGAUCAUAGCUUCUCUACCCGAGGAUAUUGAUUUAGCCAAAAUAGCUGAGAUCGCAGAUAGAAUAGCCGGUUCAGAACCCGCUACCCCAGUUCUUUCAGCAAAUUCUUCCACUACCGAGCCUGCAGACCCGAUAUCUACACUAACCAACCAAAUUUCUAAGAGAUAUUUCGCAGCAGAUGCAGCGAGGGAGAAUGAACAUUCUUUCACCCCUCUCUUUCUCUCAUCUCGCUCGCUACACAUAGUCCUACCUUUCCUCUCACAUUCCCAGUUCCUUUCUUUCUCUUUUUCUUCCGCAGCUUUACGGACAAUUUCAUUUUUAUCGACAAGGGCCUUCACCUUGUCUCCCAGCAACACAUUACAGGUGAAGUCUGGCCCUUCCUUCAGCAAACGGUAUACCUGUGCCUUUCUUCUUCCCGUAUGUUCUCUCCCUUCCUCCCACUUUCUCGACAACCGAGACGUGGGAGUCGAUCUAAGUUCAAUGAGCGAAAAAAGGAAACUAAAAAGUGACUUACCUGAGGUCCGCCGCUCCGUAUUUUGUUUCUUUUUCCUCCUUCUUUUGCUUCCUUCUCUUUUCCUCUUCAUGUCUCUUUCAGACCAAUAUAGUCCGAAGACUAGAGUCUUUUCUGGUCUUACUCGGUCGUGA